AUGCCACAUUCCACGAGUUAUUGGCCCAAAACCGGAGAUUAUGUUGAGUGGUGUCCAGAAAGAGUCAAGCCAUUGGAUCCGUUUAUACCGUUCAUUCAUAAGAUGAGUGAACUUGUGAUAAGAAGAUAUCUGUCGUUAUUUUGGUUGCAAUUUAUUUCGCUUAAAAAUUUAGACACGCUUUCAAAGUAUUGUUCGGAUAAUGAAUACGCGAAGAAUAGCUACGAAUUGAUUCGCAAAGCUUUCGAUGAUUAUAAAGCGGAUGAGAUUUGUGUGGCAUUCAAUGGCGGCAAAGACUGUACGGCGUUAUUGCAUAUCGUUUACAGUGUUUUUAUCGCUAAAUAUCCGAAUAACAAAUUGAAUGUAUUUUAUAUCGCAAUUCCCGAAUCGUUUCCAUCGCUCGAGAACUUUGUCCAGCAGUCAGUUCGCAGAUAUGCCUUAAACCUAAUCACUUACUCUGAGCCCGACUUUAAGAAAUCAAUGCAAAAGCUUAAGAACGAGACCAAAAUCAGUGCCAUAUUUAUGGGCACCCGAAGCGGCGAUUUGCCCAAACAU